GCUAGAUUGGCGGGUCCAAUUGUUAAAUUAGGACAAAAAGAAGUUUAUAAACCCAAUCUUCGUCAUUACAUCUUUGAUACAACAACACAUGAUCUGCUUUGGCUUAUAUAUUUAUAUAUGUUGUAAAGUGUAACUUUGUAACCAAAUAAUUGUGGUAAACCACAAAGUCUCAUGACAAUGGCUAGCAGAGACAGAUUAAUCCCAACAAUCUACGAAUGCGACUCCAACAAUCGACAAAAUCACACCGUGGUUUCCGACAUGGACGGAACGUUGCUGGUGGGCCGCAGCUCCUUCGCUUAUUUCGCGUUGAUUGCAUUCGACGUGGGAGGAAUCCUGCGGCUACUGCUGCUGCUGUUAGCGGCUCCGUUUGUCGGCCUUCUCUACUACUUCGUAUCGGAAUCUGCGGGCAUUAAGGUGCUCAUAUUCGCCACGUUUGCAGGGGUGAAGGUGUCUUCGAUCAAGUCGGCGGCGAGGGCCGUUCUUCCCAAGCAUUACUCCGAUGACUUGCACCCGGAGACGUGGCGCGUUUUCUCGUCGUGUGGGAGGAAAUGUGUGCUCACUGCCAACCCAAGGAUCAUGGUUGAGCCUUUCUUGAACAACUAUUUGGAUGUCGACGUCGUUUUAGGCACCGAGAUCUCGUCAUUUAAGGGCGUCGCCACCGGUCUCGUGGCCGCCCCCGGCGUGCUUGUUGGGGAGAACAAGGCUGUUGCUCUUAGGAAAGCUUUUGGGGAUCAAGAAAUGCCUCAUGUUGGAAUGGGAGAUAGGGAUACAGAUAUUCCUUUCCUCAAAUUGUGCAAGGAGAAAUACAUGGUGCCGGCGAGGCCCGGGACCCGGCCCGUGAGAGCGGAGACGCUGCCAAAGCCCGUGAUAUUCCACGACGGCCGGCUCGUCCAGAAACCGACACUAUCCCGGGCUCUACUAAUCACUCUAUGGCUCCCAUUUGGGAUUAUUUUAUCAAUUCUAAGAGUCUUCUUUCUUUCUUUACUCCCCAUUUCAAUAAGUCAGUCUGUCAUGAUUCUGCUGGGCUGCUCGGUCACAACCAAAGGAGUUCCCAAGCAUUUCUCUGGCGGCAAGGGCGUGGUCUUCGUGUGCAACCACCGCACUGUCAUCGACGCAGUUGUUGUCUCCGCCUGCCUCGGCCGCAUGACCACCACCAUCUCAUACUCCGUCGCGAGCUUCACCGAGUUCAUAUCCCCGAUCAAGACCUCGAAGCUCACGCGCAACCGCGCCACGGACGCCCGAUUGAUCGAGCAGAUUUUGGAUCAAGGGAAGUUCUUGGUGAUGUGCCCCGAGGGCACCACGUGUCGGGAGCCCUACUUGCUUAGAUUCUCGGCAUUGUUUGCGGAGCUCACCGAUCGCAUCGUGCCGGUGGCCGUAUCCAUAAAAACGGGCAUGUUUCACGGCUCCACGGCGCGAGGCCAUAAAUGGCUUGACCCUUUCUUCUACUACAUGAACCCCAUUCCCGCGUAUGACGUCACGUUUUUGAAUAUGUUGCCGCCCGACCGGACUUGCAAGGCCGGAAAAUCGAGCUUCGACGUCGCCAAUAACGUUCAAGAAAUGAUCGCCAACACGUUGAGCUAUACUUGUACCACUCUUACAAGGAAGGAUAAGUAUCGAGUGUUGGCAGGAACGGAUGGCCUCGUCGACACCAAAUCUGCAUCCAAGGUUAUUGCUUGAUUGCUAUUUCCCCAUUUGUCAAAAUUCCGGUCAAUAACCUAAAGAAUUUUUUCCGCUAUAUGUUUUGUACUUAAUUAUAAAUAAAGAGGGUAUUUUCAUGACCA